AUGCCUUAUCAAUAUCAUCGACAGGAAUGCAAUAAUGCCGGGGCUCAGUCGUCUUAUCCCCUCCUUGAAUGGCUACGGAACACUCCCUCAAAGCGGGACCUCAAUUCACGUCCGGGAAGAGGGGUAGUUCAUUCUCCUUCCGAGGAGGGCUAUGGACCUAUCCAGUGUCGUCCAGUGUCCCCCUCUGAUUCAGCCAUCGAUAUCCGCGAUAGUUCACCGCCUUCAAUGACGUUCGCGCCCGUACCACCAUCCGUUGUCAAGGCCCGCAAGAACGCAAAAGAUGUCCUUAAUAACUGCCGUAUCACUCUCCUCUCCUUAGAAUUGACGCGAAUGCGGAAAUCAAGGAUCGGCAUGAGUAGCUGGGUGGCCUUUUGGCAUCAAAUAUAUUCUCGAGGACUUGCUGAAGCGAUUUGCGCCACAAUCCUCCGCGCAGCUCCAAAAGUCGACAAAGUAUUUCGAUUCGUCGCCAAGGAGCUCUUCGAGAUCACUUAUAAGGCCGGAGAAAAUAUCGAGAUGGCAACAACAGAAGCACAAAUCGUCCAAUGCUGGCAAUUAAUGGAGCAGGAGACUAUGGCAUACCGAAACCUGAGAGAUGGCGUCGAAGCCAUACCCGUUGAUAUAUCCGAUGAUUUAUUCGAUGAUCUCAAGCGUGCUAUUUUUGUCGUUGAUCCGAGCGGCAACUACCAUCCUGGCGAUCCGGAGGCGGAGGAGCGUGAUAUCCAAAGCCACACGCAGCCUCAAGCGCGAGAUUAUAUUCGCGCGGACCCUCAGCUGGUUUUGCGCCCUGGUUUUAGUGGAGAUUUUCGGUCUGCGCUUCAGCAGGCUGCUGCCGAGGAUCUGGAUAUGGUGAAUGAAGUACCGCAGCCACUGGAGCUAUGUCCCUCUUAUGAGUCCGCGACAACGGGGGAAUGGUCAGAAUGUGUCCUCUCGGAGAUGGGCAUUGACAUAGUCACAUAA